CGUCCCGCUCAAAGCUGCUCAAAGCGCCCAAAAACACAAUAUGCCCGCCCGUCGGACUUUGACUUGCCUCCAAUCUUGACCUUCAAAUCCAUCCUCAACUCAUACACACCGAGAAGCCCACUCUCGCAACCAUGCUAGACGCAGUAACAGUCCUUACAAAAGGCGGCCUAGUCCUCUGGUCCAAAGUCUACUCCCCGCUCACCAAGGGCCCCGCCGCUAACCCGAUCGACAGCCUCGUCCGCACCGUCUUUAUCGAGGAGAACCCGACUACGAACGCUGACGAGGGGUUUACAAAGGACGCUUAUCAGAUCAAAUGGACUUUUGCUAAUGAUUUGGGGUUGGUUUUUGUGAUCGUGUAUCAGAAGAUCCUCCAGCUCGCCUACAUCGACGAACUCCUUGAAGGCUUCAAACGUCUGUUCUGCCAGGCGUUCGCUGAUGAGAUCAGGGACUCAACCGCAUUGCACGACUAUGACUUGUUUGACGAUAACUUUGAGACAUUGUUACAUGCGUUGGAAGCAGAGGAUAAAAUGAAACAGAAAAGGAAAGCCCCUCGCAAAUUCGAACAGACCAAAGCGUAUCAGACAACACUGGCCGCCCAAUCCGACACGGGCAAAGCGGACGCGACUGGGGACAAGGGUGCGGGGUCAAGACCCGCCGUGAUGGAACGCGUAGACACACUCGAUGAGAAGCUUAUGGCUCUUGGGUUAGGGACUCGUAAAGGUGGGAAGGCCGCGAGACGCAAGCCUGGAAGCAAGUCGGGGUCGGGAGGGAAGAAUAGUAGUGCUGUGAGCAGUGAGGGGUCGCCGGCGCCCAACCGGUCGCCUAAACCGCAACGAACCUGGGUGAAUGGAAUCGCGGGAACGGCGUCAUCGGAAAGCCUGGAUUACAGCGACAGCAAGGCGGAGGAUGCUGUCGCGUCAACGUCCGAUUUGGUUGGAACUCACCUCGGAACGCGCGGUGCAGACGGCCUCUAUGACGCCGCAGAAAUGGACGGCCAAGACUCUGACUCCGAAGAAGACAUCGACGAAACCUCCACGCCCCUCUCAACCCCCACCCGCGGCCUCUUCUCCUUCUUCCAAAACCUCACCGCCUCCCGCAAACUCACCCGCGAAGACCUCGACCCCGUCAUGACCAAAAUGCGCGAGCACAUGAUCACCAAAAACGUCGCUUCCGACGUCGCCGACCACCUCUGCACCUCUGUCAUGCAAGAGUUAACAGGGAAGGAAAUCGGCCGCUUCACCUCCCUCACAAAAACAAUCAAACAAAACCUCGAACAAUCCGUCCGCAAAAUCCUCACCCCGAAAACUUCCACCGACCUCCUCCGCGAUAUCAUGGUCGCCAAACAGGCCAACCGCCCAUACACCAUCACAUUCGUCGGCGUCAACGGCGUCGGGAAAUCAACCAACCUGUCUAAAAUAUGCUUCUGGCUUGUCAAGAACGACUUGAAGGUCCUCAUCGCCGCCUGCGAUACCUUCCGAUCAGGCGCGGUUGAGCAGUUACGUGUUCAUCAACGGAAUUUGACCGCUGUCCAGCCCGGCGCGGUAGUAGAGUUGUUUGAUAGAGGGUAUGGCAAAGACCCAGCGGGGAUCGCGAAAGAUGCGAUUGGGUAUGCGGCGAAUAAGGGGUUUGAUGUCGUGCUUGUGGAUACGGCGGGGAGGAUGCAGGAUAAUGAGCCGUUGAUGAGGGCUUUGGCUAAGCUGGUAACACUCAACAACCCCGACAAAAUAAUCUUCGUCGGCGAAGCCCUCGUCGGCAACGAAGCAGUCGACCAGUUGACCAAAUUCAACCAAGCCCUCAAAGAUUUCAGCGGCGUGCGUGACCCGCGACAGAUCGAUGGGAUCGUGCUUUCGAAAUUCGACACGAUUGACGAUAAGGUGGGAGCGGCAUUGAGCAUGACGCAUAUAACGGGCCAGCCGAUUUUGUUUGUGGGGACCGGGCAGACGUAUACGGAUUUGAGGCGGAUGAAUGUGAGGAGUAUUGUUGGGAGCUUGUUGGCUAAGUAGUGAUGUAGGACGGGAGGAGUUUCUGGAUGGGGAGCUGUACUUCUGUUCAAUGAGGAUUGAAUGAAAGGGUGUAUUGGGAUUGAUAUGGAAAGUGAGAUGCCUGAAAGU